AUGGACGAAAGAAGUUGGCGCAAUAGUACGAAUUCUUGGAAACAAAAAUCAGCUGAUAGUUGGCGUGGAAAAGAAUCGUGGCAUUCCAACAAGCCAUUUUACAACGAUUUUCGAGGCGGUGGAAUUCGUGGUGGUUUUCGAGGAGGUUUUCGGGGAAGGUAAGUCAGUUCCAAUAUUUUUAAGUCAUUGAACUUGAAUUUUUAAAGAGGACGUGGAAGAGGUAGAAGUUCAAUCGCAGUUCCUAUUUUACGAGAUAAGAAAGAUGAUGAGAAAAGAGUAGAAGAAGAACAACUGGAGAAAGAUGAUAUUCAUGAAGAAGAUCCGAAUAUGGAUGACAUGGUGAAGAAACAAUUGGAGUUGUUGAAGAAUAAAGAAGAUAAUUAUGAACAAGAUGAAUAUGACGAUGAUUAUUUUGAGGAACCAGUGGUAAGUUUUCGUUUUAUUAAUCAUAUUGAUCUUUUGUAUUUUAUAUCUUGUUUUUUUAUUGUUUCAUGUUAUGAUCAAAAGUUACAGAUUCAAUUUUCAAAAUUUCGAGCUGGGUCAGUUUAAAUUCAAGAAUAAUGUGAACAUUUCAUCACGAAUGAGCAAUAGCCAUUUAAUGAUAAAUGUGAUGUUUUUCAGGUUAAAAAGACAAUUGAAGAAAUUGUGGAUACAUCAGCACGUCCUGUUUUUCUUGCAAGAGAUCCCAGAUAUGAAAAACUUCUCGAAGACGCUAAAAGUGCGGAAGGAACAAAAACAUCGAAAAAUGGAAAUGAUAAAUCAUUUUCGAAUGAUAGAAGAAAUGUAGGGGUUUUUCAAAUUACUCAAAAAUUUCAUAUUCAUUGAACAUUUAAAAUUCUCGAACUGUUUUUACAGUCAUGAUUCAAAAUUCAUUCAAAAAACGUAAUAAGUAAUGAAAUUUCUAACCAAAAUCCCUUUCAGAGAAGAGACAGAAAUGCUUCAACCAGCUGGACGAAUUCAUAUCAACAACGUGUUGCUUUACUGAAACAAACGGUCGAGUGAGUUCUUUGUUUUGAAAUAUAAAAGUAUCUGAUAGCACAUGUGAGACAUAAUUUACGAAAAAGCGCGCAUAAUCAGGAGAAGACGAGAUCUCGUUGUUGCGAUAUUUUUGUUUAUUCAUUGAUUUAUUUAUAUUUUUUUUUGUUCAGGAUAGUUUUUCUUAAAUCACUUUCAGAAUAUAUCAGGAAGAUCGAACAAUACUACAAUAAACAAGUCUACAACUCUCUAUUAAAUAUAUUUCGAAAGACACGUUUUUAAAGGUUGAGUUAUGUUCAAAAACAGGUUUCAUCAAAUUCGAUUCAGCUCAUCAAACUGCAAAUACGAUUAUAAUUAAAUGAAUUGUUUUGUGUUUAUAAAAAUUUGAAAUCUAAUUUUUAAUCAAAUGUGAUUUUCAAAAACCAUUUUUUUUUGUUUUUUAUUACGCUUUAACGCAACGUGAUCUUGUCCAAAUUUUCAUUGUAAUAUCCCCAAAAUAUCACUUCACCCAUUGUAUUUCCCCAUGAUGAUUUUUUUUAUUCCAGAAGCGAUAUCGCUCAAUCCCAAUAUAGUCAAGCUUCCAAUGUUCAAAAAUAUCAAGAUGUUUUGAGAAAAAUGGAUGAUAAAACGAGACCAGGACCUUCUGUUGUACCAUUCAAUGGACCAAUUCCUUCAAAUCCUUUCAAUGGUCCUGUUCAUCAAGAUAUUCAAACAUCAAGAAAUCAAACAAUGGGAAUAACUAAUGCUCCAAUUCCUUACAAUGGACCAAUUGAUAUGACAUUUGCAAAUCAAGUCACACCAUUUGAUGAUUUGAAUACACGAAGAAGUAAAAUGCAGGCACCAAGUUUGAUUGAUCCACUUGCUUCAAGUAAAAGAUCUUCUCGAUUUGAUAAGCCCCCUCAAGUUGGUGUCCCUUUCAAUGGCCCAAUUGGUCCAUUCAAUGGUCCUGUACCAACUGCUGGUGUUUCAUUUGGACCAGUGAAUCCAGCAUCAAAUCCAAUCCCAGAAUCUUCAUCCUCCCGAUAUAAUGAACCCAUUUCAAAUUAUCAACAAACAACAUCUUUCAAUAGCCCAAUUCCUCAACAACAAUAUGGAAUAUCACCAUUUGGAGUAUCAACUGGUCAAACACAAGGAUUUUAUGGAAGUGAUACUCCAGGUCCAUCUGGUUUCUUUUUCACUGAUUCUAUUUCACAACGACCAAAUUAUCGAGGAGCAACAAGAAAAAGAAAAACUGAACCAUUGGUUUUACCAAAAUCUGAUCCGAAACCUUUAUAUGCUGCACUCACUGGACAAUUGAAUGUGAGUUGUUUUUUUUACAUUUCAAAUGAAAAAUAAUUCCAAUUUUCAGAAUGAUGAACAAGAUUCAGAUGAAGAUGAUGAGGCAAUUGCAAAAUUACGGGAAAUUAUGCAAUUUUCGAAAAGUAAAUGA